AUGGGCACCCGUCGAGGACCCCCAGACCAGCAUCAUCAUGCUCCUUACCCACCACAACCACAAUACUAUACCCAGCCGCCUCCCCAACAACAGCAACAACAACCGCAGUCGCCGUCCAAGUUACAGCCUCAAUAUCAGCAGCAUUAUGCCGCUCCUUACCAAACCCCCCAGCAGCCACAAUAUUACUAUCCUCCCCAGCAACCACAGUAUGCUGCUGCCGCUCCAGCUGCCGCCCCUCCUCACCACCCGCCCCAACAGUUCCUCGCCGAGUUAGAAGCCCCACCACCAUCUGCCAACUCGAGGCCAACGUCAUCCGCAUCAGCUGCCGGCCAAGAUGCCGGUCCCCCCGUCUUCGAGAUGUCCGCCGAGCCGGCCGUCGCCAAACCAGAGCCGUUGAAGCCCUCAUCUGCCGCUUCUAAUCCUGUGUCGCCGGCAAACCCACCUGCCCAGGCAAACCCCUGGGGCUUCUUCCUGCCCGACGAUAUCCCUUGUCGUAAGGACUCGACUUCGCCAACCAAGGCCGCGGCUCCGGACGGGACGCUCUCUGUGCAGCCCUUGAGAAUCGUAAAGACGGGCCCCAGCUCGGCCAAGCCAGACCAAGGCUCUGAUGUGAGCUUAGUCGGCAGAUCACAUAGCAUCAGCAACCCUCAGAUCACUGCCCCGCAGCCCGAGAUUCGAACGGAGUCGCCUCCGGAGGCCGGACAACCUGCCCAGCAAGGUGAUGAGGAACCUGCAGAUCCAGUCCAACUGGCACCGGCGCCGCUGAACCUCACUCGUCCUAAGCCGCUCGCCGCCCAUCAACCCUCAGUUACCUCUCCAACUAUGAUCCCUCCAGCAGGGACAUAUCCACCGCAUAUCGUCCCGGCCGGGACCUACCCACCACAGAGCCCGACGAGUCCCGCCUCGGGCCCCCAACCCUCGCCCGGAGUCCAGAUGACGCUGCCUCUCCAUCCCCGACCGGCUGGCGGCUCCCCGCAACUACCAGUAUCUGCUGCGACCUCAACCGUCGUAUCACCUCUUUCUCCUGUUCCCCCAGGACUUCCUGCGGCACCGUCGCCGCAGCAACCACAUUAUGCUACCCUUCAACCACCUCAACCUCAUUACUCGCACGCUCAUCCUCCGCAAGCCUACACGCAAGCGGCUCCCACCAGCCCUGUCUACGUCCAGGCCGCGCUGCCACCGACGCUCCCUCUGGGUUCCUACUUCCCCCAGCAGCCAUCGUACGCGCGCCCUGAUGCCGUGUCCCCUGCUCAAACCCCUUCGGCACACCACAGCCCAGCAGCAUCGGUAUCAAGUACCCAGCAGGCCGCGAACCAACCCUACGCCGCCCCGCCUCCGUCAUACGACCAGGCCGUGGCCCAGGGCCGUCCCGCAAACGCGUCCCCGGCACCAUCGCAGACCCAGCAACAUCAACCGCCGCCAACAGCGGUACCGCUCUCGCCACACCCAACCGGCAACUCCCUCUCCUCCGCCUACCCCUUUUCUCCGGCGGACAUCGGCACAGUAAAGCCGGGGCAAGUAAUUCCCAGCCCACCAGUCUCGCAACAGCACCCUCACGGCCCCCACGCGGCGCCGCCUAUUCAGCAGUCAUCCUACGUCAAUGGGCCCCAAGGCUACCACUCCGUUGCCCCGCCUCUGCCUCCCCGAACAUCACCCCCGACGCCGGGCUACGGCGUGCCCCUGAGCCCGUAUGGCCCGCCUCCCACGCGACUGAACUAUGUGUCGCCACCUGCAGGACCGGUAAAGUCCAACUCUGGCCUUUUCAGCUCCGCCACAGCAAGGAAGCUGAUCAACAAGACGACUGACUUCGUCGACCAGGCAAUCACGCCCUAUCUGCAGGAGAGCCGGUACAGGCAACAGUACCCUCAGUACCCCCAACAGUACCCUUAUCCCUAUCAGUACCAGUACCCGCCAAACCAGCCUCCGCAGCCGGGACAGUAUCCCCCACAGGGCUACGGUCCCGCGCAACCGACGUACGCGGCGCCGCAGGCUGGGCGCGGAAAUUCUGAUGGCCAGCGUCCAGCGUGA